CCGUGACUGCUUUUUUCUUCCAGAAAACUACACCACGACCUCUCUUGCUCUUAGCAUCUCUUGACCAACGACGAACGUUAAGAUGGCACUCAAGACCUUUGAACUUCGCAAGCAAUCUGCUGAGCAAUUGGCCGAGCAACUUACCGAGCUUCGUCAAGAGCUCUCCUCUCUUCGUGUCCAGAAGAUCGCUGGUGGUUCCGGUUCGAAGUUGGCCAAGAUUAAGACCGCUCGCAAGGAUAUUGCUCGCGUCUUGACCGUCAUCAACGAGAACAACCGUUCUGCCGCCCGUGAGGCCUACAAGAACAAGAAGUACAUUCCUUUGGAUCUCCGCCAAAAGAAGACUCGUGCCCUUCGUCGUGCCUUGACUCCUUAUGAGAAGAGCCGUAAGACUCUUAAGCAAUUGAAGAAGGAGCGUUACUUCCCCCUCCGCAAGUUCGCCCUCAAGGCUUAGGUCAAUAAAAUUUUACAUUAACAUGUAAAACGAAAUGCAAACGCG